AUGAAGUUCAUGGAUGAUGGAGGAUCAGAGAAGAUUCAUCAUGGAAAUUGUCAAGGUUCAAUCACUGUGGUACCUCCGGUUUCAAGCCAGCCGACCGAUUGGAAUUGUGACUUUGAGCUCGAUCUCUGUACGUACACCCAAGCUCUAGAUGACAACUUUGAUUGGACUAGGGACUUUGGUGGGACAGCUUCAACCAAUACUGGACCCAGUGUGGACCACACAAAGGGAGAUGCUACUGGUUUCUACAUGUACAUUGAGACUUCAAGCCCUCGUGUUCAGGACGAGGUUGCACGCCUUGAGAGCGGUCUUAUACCCAACCCUAACAACCAGAUGUGUGUGACGUUCUGGUAUCACAUGUUUGGAGACCAUGUUCAAGAUCUUAAUAUUUAUACCAAGACGUUGAAUGGACUCGGAACUGCUAAGUGGACGAGGUCUGGAACUAAGCUUGACCAGUGGUACCAAGGAGAUUUUAGUGUCGUCCCUACCGCUGACUUUCAGGUUGUGUUCGAGGGAGUCGUCGGUUCUACGUACCUGUCAGAUAUCGCUAUUGAUGACAUCACAGUAACCAAUGACGAUUGUCCUGCGAGAGACUUUUGUGAGUUCCAGGAUUCAGGCAUCUGUAACUUCGUCCAGGAUGGCACGGAUGAUUUUGAUUGGGUGCAGAACAGUGGAUCAACAACAUCAGCAAAUACUGGACCCUCAGUUGAUGUGUCGUAUGGGACUGAUUUUGGCAAUUACAUGUACAUUGAAGCAUCUGGACAGUCCGUAGGGUCAGUUGCUAGACUAAUGACCUCUUCAGUGACCCCUAGUCCAGGCAUUAGUAGCUACUGUUGGUUCUUCCAGUAUCACAUGUAUGGAGAUCAGAUGGGAACGUUGAAUGUUAAGAUUGCAAGCACUUCAUCCCAGGCAGUCCUUUGGACUCGUAGUGGUAACCUAGGCAACCUAUGGUCAGUGGGUUAUGCCAGUGUGACUUCAUUGGUGCCGUAUCAGCUGGUGUUUGAAGGCAUAGUGGGGACCGGGGAACGCGGUGAUAUCGCUAUUGAUGAUGUUGGUUUUACAUUAGGAAGAUGUUCUUAUCAAGAGAGUUGUGAUUUCGAGUCGGGAACCUGUCUGUGGACAAAUGACAUCACAGGUGAUGUAUUUGAUUGGCUGCGUCUGAGUGGAACGACUGCAAGCACAUACACUGGACCCAUUGUCGAUCAUACAACACUCAGUCAAAGCGGUUUUUACAUGUACACAGAAACUAGCUCUCCUAGAGUAGUCGGAGAGAGCGCCAUCUUCCGGAGCCCAGAGAUUGUUCCUAGCGUCGGUGACGGUCCAAUCUGCCUUACCUUCUGGUAUCACAUGUUUGGUACCGAUAUCGGUGAGCUUAGUGUUUCUGUGGUAACAGAGCCAUCUACAGCCAAUGAAGCAGUCACGUUGAGAUGGCUGGUAAGCGGGCAGAAGAGUACCGAUGAAUAUGACUGGCUGAGUGGGCAGUUUGAGGUGUCUGAGACUCUACCUUUUCAGGUUACCUUUGAAGGUAUUGUUGGGAUAACAUAUCUCGGAGACAUCGCUAUUGAUGAUAUUGAACUCAUCAGUGGAACCUGUACUACACAACCGAGUGCAGCAGAUCCUUUCCUCUAUGUCAACAACUGCACAUGUGACUUUGAAUCCCUCUUGUGUUCAUGGACUCAAGAUACAGCGGAUGUAUUUGAUUGGACGUUAACAACAACCUCCACUCCCUCAGCGGGGACUGGACCAACAUCAGAACACAACGCUGCUGGUGGUUACUAUGCCUUUAUUGAAGCCUCAUCUCCACAAGUAGUUGGCGACGCUGCUAGUCUCAUCUCCAGUGACCUUUACCCUACAACCCCUGGGUCAGCCUGUAUUGAGUUCUGGUAUCACAUGUUCGGAGGUGGAGUUGGUUCAUUGAAUCUCUAUACAUCGGUAUCUAAUGUACGGACACCGGUGUGGAGUUUAGCUGGUUCCCAGGAAGAUGCAUGGAAGGUUGCUAGGGUAACCAUUGCAUCACCGGUUCAAUUCAAGGUUAUUCUGGAAGCUGUCGUCGGCACCACCUAUCAAAGUGAUAUAUCAGUAGAUGAUAUACUCUAUACUUCUGGCUCUUGCCCACCAAUCAGAACCUGCACUUUUGAAAUAAAUAGCUGUGAUUGGACGCAGGAGUCUUCAGCAGAUCAAUUUGAUUGGUCAAGACUCCAGGCUUCAGCUGUUUCUCAUUCUCCAGGCCAACUUGUUGACAAGACAACAGGAACGCCCAAUGGUUAUAUCAUGUACUUGAAUCCAUCUUUGGGGCAAGGCCUUGACCGUGCCAUCAUGUACUCCGGCUACUUCCAACCGUCUCCGAUCGGUGAAUGUUUGAAAUUCUGGUACCACAUGCACGGAGUUAAUGUCGGAGCUCUGAGGGUCUAUACCAUCGUUGAUGGUGUGUUGGGACCAAUGUUAUAUGAGAAGACAGGGGACCAGGAUGACUUGUGGCGAUACGGAACGGUCACAUUGAUGAAUGAUACGAUGGAGUUCCGGGCUGUAAUUGAAGGAGUGCUAGGUACCAGUCAAAGCGGUGAAAUAGCACUGGAUGAUGUUGAUAUCACUGUAGGACCAUGUGACCCUCCAGGUUUUUGUGAUUUUGAGUCUGAUACUUGCGGUUGGGUGAAUGAAGUGUUACUGGAUGAUUUUGACUUUGUUAGGACUCGAGGAGCCGACGCUUCAUCUAUGGCCCCGCCCACUGAUCACACUAAUGAUAACGAUCAAGGUUAUUACAUGCUGAUUGAAAGCAGUACUGUACCUACAGGCAAGAAAGCUUGGCUAAACAGCGAGCACUUUAGUCCAUCUUCAAGUGGCUCGAGUUGUUUCAACUUCUGGCUCUCCAUGAUUGGCACUGGAGUUGGUACAUUUAAUGUGUACAAGAAGGACACAGCUACAGGAAUAUUGACGUUACUUCUCACCGAGAAUGGUGACCAUGGUAACAUCUGGCAUGAAGAAUCAGUAACCGUCACUAGCAGUGGAGAAUUUCAGGUCUAUCUGGAAGGCGUUGAGGGCGCUAACACCAACGCAACGAUUGCUGUAGAUGAUACAGGGCUGUCUGAUGGUGCUUGUUUAGCCCCCUCUCAAUUGGACUGUGAUUUUGAAUCGGGCAUGUGUACUUACACUGAUGCAACUGACGAUGAUUUUGAUUGGUUGAGAUCAAGUGCCUCAACACCGUCCAUUGAUACUGGACCAACUGUGGAUCACACAACUGGAACAGCCGCAGGUUUCUACAUCUACAUUGAAACUUCCUCUCCACGUGUCUCUGGUGAGAAAGCAAGGUUAGAGAGUGACAUAGCGCCCCCAACGCCAGAGACUUGUUUAGAGUUCUGGUAUCACAUGUAUGGGGAUGACAUCGAUGCGUUGAACGUCUACGCCGCAGUGGAUGGGACUGGACUUGGUAUACCAAUAUGGUCUAGGGUUGGCACCAAGGAUGAUGCAUGGUACCAGGGAAGAGUCACUGUUACCAUGGCAACUGCUUAUAAGUAUGUAUUUGAAGGCGUGGUUGGUAUAAGCUACCUGAGUGAUAUCGCACUAGAUGACAUUAAGGUGUACCCAGGGCCUUGUGAAGCCCCAAACCUUUGUGACUUUGAAGAGACUGACCUCUGUAGCUACACUCAGGAUACUAGCGAUGAUUUUGACUGGACUGUCAAUGCUGGACGGACUCGCACAGCACUCACCGGACCAUCGGUUGAUGUAACGUACAGCUCAGCAACAGGUAACUACAUGUACGCUGAGGCCAGCAACCAACGGCCAGGAGACUUGGCUCGAUUAAUCACCUCACCAUUUGUUCCAGAUCAGAGCUCUCAAACGUCAUGUUGGAGAUUCUUUUAUCAUAUGUAUGGAGAUCAAAUAGGGACACUUAGAGUAAAGGCCAAUGGGGACCCAGCAACCUUAUGGUCAAUGAGUGGCAACCAUGGUGAUCUAUGGUUUACUGGAGAGGUGGAGUUCACCAGUUCUACCGUCUACCAGUUGGUGUUUGAGAGUGAGGUUGGUAGCGGUGAACGGAGUGAUAUCGCUAUUGAUGAUGUAGCUAAGAGGACUGGACCAUGUGCAGAUCAGGGAACUUGUGAUUUUGAGAGCGAUACCUGCGUGUGGUUUAACAGUCAGGAUGAUAUCUUUGAUUGGGUUCGUUUAAAUAGCCCCACAACAAGUGACUUCACUGGCCCAAGUGAGGAUCAUACAUGUGGAUCAACUGGCGCUUGCUCUCCAGGUUCCUUCCUGUACAUCGAGACGAGUUCCCCAAGACUCCCUGGAGACUACGCUCAUCUUACAAGCAGCUACUCAUUUAGCUUGUUAGACUCAAGUUCCUUCCUGUACAUCGAGACGAGUUCCCCAAGACUCCCUGGAGACUACGCUCGUCUUACAAGCAGCUUCUUCCCGCCAUCUUCAGGGUCUGGUUCCUGCCUCAGCUUCUGGUAUCAUAUGUAUGGUGCUGAUAUUGGGGAGUUGAUUGUGUUUAAGAGGGGGUUGAAUGGUGGAACGAUAGAGUACGAUAGUACGGUGUGGUACUUAUCAGAUGAACAGAGCGUUAACGAGACGGACUGGAAAUAUGGCCAGGUUGGAUUGAGUGAUAGGGAUCGAUAUCAGCUCAUCUUUGAAGGAGUCGUCGGAAAGUCAUUUUCUGGAGAUAUUGCAAUUGACGACGUUCAAGUUACUCCCGGAAUGUGCGAUGUGCAACCAAGUACAGCCGAUCCUAUCCAGUAUGGUAUCAAUGCAACAUGUGACUUUGAGACAUCACUCUGCGAUUGGAAACAAGCAAGGGAUGAUGGUUUUGAUUGGACACGCUAUCAGGGAAGCACCCCCUCUGUUGACACAGGACCAACUGGAGAUCAUACAACAGGCUCAGGUUUCUAUCUGUACAUCGAGGCGUCCUCUCCACGUGUCUCUCUGGAACGAGCUCGCCUCGUCACUCUUGUCUUAUCACCAACGAGUCUCCUUGGCAACUGUCUAUCAUUCUGGUAUCACAUGACUGGUAGCUCCAUGGGAGAGCUACGGAUGUUGAUGACUGUUAUAUCAACAGGGACUGAGACAACGUUAUGGUCAAAGCUAGGUGAACAGGAUGGCGAUUGGUUGUUAGGACAAAGAACUAUCAAUAGUAACCAAGAUUUCUUUAUAACCUUUGAAGGUGUGAUUGGCAGCAACUUUUACAGUGACAUUGGACUUGAUGACAUCAUGUAUUCAGAAGGACCAUGCCCACCUCAACGUGGUUGUGAUUUUGAAACAGACUUCUGUGAAUGGACACAAGAGUCAAGCUUGGAUGAUUUUGAUUGGUCGAGACCUAGAGGUCGUGAAAUCAACCCGGGUCAGCCUGGUAGUAAUCUACCUGAUAAAACCACUGGAACUAUUACAGGUCAUUUUGCUUAUCUUGACGAGACCACGCAGCAGAUUGGUGACAAAGCAAUCCUCAUCAAUCCAGACUUCCCCGCUAUACCAGACGGAGAAUGUUUACAAUUCUGGUACUAUCUCCAUGGCAACGGGGUCGGCUCCAUUGAAGUGUUCCAGUAUGAUAUGAAUACAACGAGUCUGGGUGCUAGGUUGUGGGAGAGAAGUGUUGAUCAGGGAGAUCUGUGGAGGCUGGGGAGAGUUACGAUGCAGUCUGAUACUCCAUUUGUGGCUGCAUUGGUUGGGACAGUCGGCACCACCUUACAAGGUAACGUUGCCAUUGAUGACGUUGAGAUUACGAUCGGAGCCUGCCCUCCCGCCGGUUACUGCGAUUUUGAAGAUGGCUUCUGCUCAUGGACCAACGAGAUCACACUCGAUGAUCUAGACUUUGUGAGAGGUAGUGGCUCUACGGAUAGUCUGGAGACCGGACCAUCAUUUGACCAUACUAAAGGAACCACAGAUGGAUUCUACGUUUUCCUUGAGACGAGUGGUUUUCUUGUUGAUCAACAAGCUUGGCUCGUCAGUGAACUUAUUGAACCUUCUCAAGGAGAUUGCUUCACAUUCUGGUAUCAUAUGUAUGGAGAAGGUAUCAAACAGAUGGAUGUAUACCAGUACAACCCCAUCAGCCAAGUCCGAACCCUUCUCCAGUCAGUAGUUGGUAACCAAGGUAAUACUUGGUAUGAGUUAUCAUUGAACGUCAGUAGUCCACUGCAGCAUUACCAGCUGAUCAUCGCUGGUGUGGUUGGAUUCAACUUCACUAGUGAUAUCGCCAUCGAUGAUGUAUUGGUUAGAUCCGGACUGUGUGGAGUUCCAUCUCCAUAUGAUUGCGACUUCGAGCAAGGCAUCUGCUCCUACACCCAAGCCCAAGAUGAUACCUUUGACUGGACAAGAGUUCAAGGGUCAACCUCGUCAUCGGACACCGGCCCGUCCUUCGACCACACAAUGGACUCGACUCAAGGAUGGUAUAUUUACAUCGAGACUUCAGCGACCAUCCAGAACGACCGAGCUCGUCUUGAGAGUGAUUUCAUUUUAAAGAACAGCAAAGUCUGCGUUGAGUUCUGGUACCAUAUGUAUGGCGCUGAUAUUGAGACAUUGAAUGUGUACGUCAGGCCAAAUCAGACCGAUUUAGGACAACCACGAUGGUCAAAGUAUGGAACCUUGGAUGACCGAUGGUAUAAGGGUCAGUUUCCAGUCUCUGUCUCUGGACCAUUUCAGAUUGUAUAUGAAGGUAUAGCAGGCAUAAGUUUCGCCGGUGACAUAUCUCUUGAUGACCUCUCAGUCUACGAUGGCGACUGCAUCGGUUCCGUCUCUUGCUCCUUCCAAGAAGAGAGUCUCUGCGGAUAUCAACAAGACACAACGGAUGAUUUUGAUUGGACGGCUAAUAGCGGACCAACGCCAACCAAUGAUACUGGACCUGCGAUGGAUUCAACCUAUGGAACAGAUUAUGGUCGAUACAUGUAUGCAGAAGCCACUGGCCAGCAGUCUGGUGCCGUGGCUAGGCUCCUCAGUAAGACCUUCACCCCUGACCCCAAUGUUACUGAAGUCUGCUGGAAGUUUAAUUACUACAUGAAGGGGUCCGAGAUGGGAUCAUUGGCAUUCUGGCCCAAUGGUGACACCACUCCAACGUGGUCAGUAUCAGGUGAUAAUGGUGACCAAUGGGUCAGUGCUCAAGCCAAUAUCCAGCGGUCAGUUCCAUACAGAAUUGUAUUCCAAGCAACUAUUGGUUCUGGUGAAUUAUCAGAUAUAGCCAUUGAUGAUGUCAGUUACAUCCCUAAUGCAUGUCAACUUGGAGGUAAUUGUAAUUUUGAUUAUGCGAUGUGUACAUGGCGCCAUUCAUCAGAUGGUGUGUUUCAGUGGUUGAGGUCUAAUGGUGAUACACCGAGCUCAUUGACUGGUCCAACCGUAGAUCAUACAACAUUAUCUGGAAGAGGUUAUUACAUGUACAUUGAGACGAGCGCUCGCCUGGUCGGCGAUAACGCUAUCUUAGAAAGUGAAGUCUACGUCCCAACCGAUCCAGCUUCAGGGAAGUGUUUUACUUUCUGGUAUCACAUGUUUGGAGAAAAUAUCGGAGAGCUAGUCAUCUACAAGGUGAAAGACCUUGGUGGUCUUCGGUCAGCGGAUAUACUCUGGACAUUGAUUGGUCAGCAGAGUGUUGACCAGCUGGAUUGGAAACAAGGUCAACUUCCACUCCAGAGUGAUGAAGAUUACCAGGUUCUGAUUGAAGGUAUCGUGGGCUCUGACUUCACUGGAGAUAUUGCAGUAGAUGACAUCCUUAUAACAGAUGGAUUAUGCACAACUCUACCCAGCAACGCCAAGCCGAGUAAGGACUUCAACUGUGAUUUUGACAGCGGACGAUGUGGUUGGUCACAAUCUACAGUGGAUGAUUUUGAUUGGGGUAGAGAUGUUGGUGUAACUCUCUCCUCUAAUACUGGGCCUCCUUAUGAUCAUACAACAACACAAGGUUUCUACAUGUACACUGAGGCAUCUUCACAGCCCCUCGAUAGCAAGGCCGCUCUCAUCUCCCCAUUGCAAAAUGGAACAUCCACAGAUCUGUGCUUUACAUUCUGGUAUCACAUGUUUGGAGCAACAAUGGGAACGCUCAACUUAUACAAAAGGGUUGAAGGUCUUGCAGACAGUUUGAUUUGGUCGAUGAGCGGAGAUUCUGGGAAUGUUUGGUUGGAAGCCGGACGAACAAUCCAGUCCUUUCAAGACUUUCAGUUGAUAUUUGAAGGAGUGAUUGGAACUAGUUUUGAGAGCGAUAUGGCCAUCGACGAUGUCAACAUUACGGAAGGAACUUGCCCUCCACCAAGAUAUUGUACUUUUGAGUUUGACCUCUGUGGUUGGACGCAGGACACCAGUGAAGCUUUAGACUGGUCCCGGAGUACUGGAACUAAUACAUUCCCAGGAAAUGCACCGGACUCGGACCACACCACUGGUUCCCCUACAGGUUUCUUCAUCUUUGUAAACCCUGCUCAACCUCACACUGCUUCGGACAACGCAAUCAUCAAGAGUCCAGUCUUUGAUGCCGCACCAAACGGUGACUGCGUAAAGUUCUGGUACUACCUCGACGGUCCUGAUGAUAUAUCCCUGAAGCUCUGGCUGCUAAGUACUGGACCGGUGUGGACCAAGAACGGACCUCAGGGGAACUUCUGGAGGUAUGGGUAUGCAACGGUUACCUCCCCAACCCAGAACCAGGUUGGAUUUGAAGGAAUACUGGGUACUAGUAACACUGGUGUCCUUGCUAUUGAUGAUGUAGAUGUUGCUAUGGAACCAUGCCCACCACCUGGAUCUUGUGAUUUUGAAACAAAUCUUUGCUCCUGGACCAACGAGCCUACAGCGGACGAUUUUGAUUGGACUAGGAGUAAUGGAGCCACACCCAGUACAGCAACGGGGCCCUCUGUUGACCAUACUACAAACUCAUCAACUGGUUUUUACGUGUACAUCGAAGCCUCCUCUGGUGUCAUCGACGCUAAAGCCUGGCUGGGCAGUGAGCUCUUCGACCCCAUGACCCAGGGAUGCUUUGAAUUCUGGUAUCACAUGCUUGGCGCCGGUAUUGGUCAACUCAACAUCUACACCAACGAUCUUGACGCGCCUCUACUAUCAUCAUUGUUGACAAUCAGUGGUAACCAAGGCGAUGAAUGGCGUUUGGGUCAGGUGGAUAUCACUAAUGUCCAGACGUUCCAGAUUCUAAUUGAGGGAAUUAUUGGAGCUAAUUAUACGAGUGACGUCGCAGUAGAUGAUGUUAUAUUGAUUCGAGACAGCAAGUGUGUCCGAGCAAGUUUGAAUUGUACGUUUGAGACGGAUCUUUGUGGCUACAUUCAGGAUCCUGAAGAUGAUUUUGAUUGGACUUGGAUUCAGGGGGGUACACCCAGCUCAACGACCGGUCCUGGGUUCGAUCACACAUAUGGUGAUUCAUCGGGUCACUACCUCUUCAUAGAAACUUCAUCUCCCCGUUCCUACGGCGACACAGCCCGCUUAGCAACCAUGUUCAACGAGCCGACGUACAACACCAAGAUGUGCCUAACAUUCUGGUACCAUAUGUAUGGUCUGGCCGUCAACACACUCAAUGUGUACUUAAAGACAGGGCAGAUAGAGACUCUAGUCUGGACUCGGUCCAAGACACAGGGCAAUAUGUGGUUGAAGGCACAGUACACUGUACAGAGUGAUCAAACAUGGCAGGUGAUAUUUGAAGGCAUAACUGGCAAUACAUGGACCGGUGAUAUAGCACUUGAUGAUAUCUUCUUCUACUAUGGACCUUGUCCACCAACAAGGGAUUGUGAAUUUGAAACUGGACUUUGUGAUUGGACACAAGACUACAGAGAUGAGUUUGAUUGGGUAGUCACUAGUGGGAACCAGUUAAUUGGUACCCAGCCUAGUGUGGAUCAUACACUGGGGACCAGUGCAGGGAUGUACGCUCUAGUGACGACCAACGCUCCUCGUAGUCAAGGAGACAAAGCUCGCAUCCUUAGCUCUCAGCAGACAGACUCAUCUGGAGAAUGUGUCCGCUUCUGGUAUCACAUGUUUGGAGUGAAUGCUGGGGUUCUACGUGUCAUGUCACAUGAUCUGAUAACGGAUGUGGAUAGUGCACCCUCAUGGGAGCAAACAGGUCACCAGGAUAAUGUAUGGAGGUAUGGUCAAGCCACAGUCUCGGCCGGUCAUCCGUUUAAGAUUGUCUUUGAGGCUGAAGUUGGGAGUAAUCCAAAUGGAGAUAUCGCUAUAGAUGAUGUAGAUGUAAGGAAUUAUAAAUGCCCAAGGCAAGGAUUUUGUGAUUUUGAGAAUGACAUGUGCGGUUGGACCAACGAUGAUACAUUCGAUGUAUUUGAUUGGUUGAGAAGUGCAGGAGCCACACCCAGUCAGAAUACAGGACCCAGUGUAGAUCAUACUACAAACUCUGGAAUUGGUUAUUAUGUGUUUACUGAGAUGUCAACCUCUGGUCUGGUACCUGGAGACAACGCCUGGUUAGUCAGUGAGCAUUUACCAGCAACCAAUGAGGGAUGCCUCUACUUCUGGUAUCACAUGUUUGGAAGAGGAGUUGGAGAUUUGACUGUAUACUUCCUUGACGAUGCUGGACAGACGACUAGACAAUGGAGGCUUACAGGGGACCAGGGAGAUGUAUGGCAACAAGGCCAGGUGGAUCUCAAGAGUGAUAUUGAUUACCAGAUUAUCUUUGAGUCAACGUAUAAUAAUGAUAUCGUUGGUGAUGUUGCUCUGGAUGAUCUGGAUAUUGAGCCAGUAUCCUGCUACAGUGGGGUACCAGGGACUACCCCAGCAGCUCCCACCAUGGAUUGUACCUUUGAGACAGGAUUCUGUAACUUCAUCCAACUCCAAGAUGAUAAUUUUGAUUGGGUUCGACUGAGAGGAAGUACAGGGAGUACACAUACUGGACCUGAUGAAGAUCAUACUACUGGAUCAGGUUGGUAUGUCUACAUUGAAUACAACAACGGAGCCCCCGAUGAUAAAGCUCGUCUAAUGUCACCUCAACAGAAUCCAACUGAAGCUCGUUGUCUGACCUUCUGGUAUAACAUGUAUGGUCGACAUGUUGAUCGAUUGAACGUCUAUCUGAGAACGAGCACGUUAGAUACGUUGAUAUUUACUAAGCAUGGCACUCAGGGUAAUCAAUGGUAUAAAGGACAGAAGACGAUCUCUUCAGAUGAUGCUUGGUCGGUCAUCUUUGAGGCCUACCAGGGUAGUGCCAACCAACAAGACAUUGCACUUGAUGAUAUAUUCCUAGAAGAAGGAGCCUGCCCGAUGACAACUGUUUGUGAUUUUGAGUAUGACUUCUGUGGCUGGACGCAAGAUCUGACGGACAACUUCAACUGGACGCGGAGUUUUGGUGGCACGCCAACAAACGACACUGGGCCAACACUUGACCACACAACGGGAACUUCACAAGGUUACUAUGCAUACAUUGAGACAUCAAGCCCUAGAGUAGCUGGUGAGAUUGCCCGCUUAUACAGCCCAAUCUUUGAUGAUACAAACGGAGAAUGCCUUCAUAUGUGGUACCACAUGUAUGGUGAUGCAAUCGGGGAUUUGAAACUCUAUGGGUACGACCUCAUCACUCAGCUGGAAACAGGACCAAUCUUUGAAGUUUCAGGAGGGAAGUACAACGAGUGGCGUUAUGCUCAAGUCACCUUCCAAGCUGCUCAUAAAUAUCAGAUCAUCUUAGAAGGAACUAAAGGGAAUAAUUACCUUGGAGAUAUCGCUGUGGAUGAUCUUAUGCUGACCACUGGAUCCUGUAACAGACCAGGCCUUUGUGAUUUUGAAAUGGACACCUGUGGUUGGUCCCAGGAGACUGUAAGCGAUGAAUGGGAUUGGUUGAGACGGAAGGGCCCUACCCCUUCAGAUAACACUGGACCAAGCAUCGACCACACAACAAAUACUGACAAUGGUUACUAUGUAUACUUUGAAGCGUCAGUCAAUGCUUUAGUUGCUGGUGACAACGCUAUCUUAAAGAGUCAACACAUCCCACCAACGAGCCAGUCUUGUCUCUCUUUUUGGUAUCACAUGUAUGGAAGCAAGAUUGGAGACCUGAAUGUUCUUAUAAAAGAUGAGAACUUGGUGGCGACUCAGAUCUGGUCGCUGUCAGGUGACCAGGGGAAUGUCUGGUUGUACGCUCAAGCUACGUUACCUAGCAACGUGGAAUAUCAGGUUCUGUUUGAGGCUGUUUAUACCAGUGGUAAUAAAGGAGAUAUAGCUUUGGAUGAUGUGGACAUAGAGCCAACAGCCUGUACUGUUAUUCCUACUCAAGCACCACCAACAACAGUAUAUCCUACCCAUGUCCCGAGUGAUUUUGAUUGUGACUUUGAGUCAUAUCUCUGUACCUGGACCCAAGAUCUAACUAACGAUGAUUUUGAUUGGACCAGAAUUCAAGGUAGCACAGCUUCAGUUGGUACAGGUCCGCAGUACGACCAUACAACAUUUGGUGCAUUCGGCUUUUACAUCUACAUCGAAGCAUCACCUCAAAUCAAUGGUGACCGUGCCCAAUUGGUAUCUGCUCCCAUGGUGUCCGGCACUGUAGGGAAAUGCAUAGGAUUCUGGUAUCACAUGUAUGGGCCGAGCAUUAAUGAACUCAACGUGUAUAGGAGAGAAAACGGUGCCGAUGUCCGAGAGUGGACUCGGGCCGGAGACCAGGGGCCGAUCUGGAAGUAUGGUCAAGUGUACCUGACUGGUUCAUACAACGUCAUCUUUGAAGGUGUAGUUGGUCCAUCUUAUGAUGGUGAUACAUCAUUGGAUGACAUCAUCGUUUAUAACGGAGAUUGUCCGGCACAAACUGUUUGUGAUUUUGAGCAUGGAACAUGUGACUACGCUCAGGACGGUACCGAUGAUUUUGAUUGGGUGCUAGCCUCUGGCUCAACUGCAACUGGUCCAGCUAUAGAUCAUACUUAUCAAACUUCGCAAGGUCAUUACAUGUUCAUGGACACCGCAGCUCCACGUCAGGUAGCUGAUGUCGCUCGAAUCAUCUCCAAACAAUACCCCGCUACAACGGGAACCUGUAUGAAGUUCUGGUACUACGUCGUCGGUAAUGGCCUAGGGGAACUUAAUGUUUAUAUAGAGACCAACGGGAACAAGGGGCCAAGUCAAUGGACGAUCUAUUCUGGAUUUGAUUUUUGGAUGAUCACCGAGAUACCAGUACAGUCGAGUUAUCCAUUCAGGAUCAUAUUUGAAGGUACCGUUGAUUUCGUCGAGCAAGGAGGUAUUUCCCUCGACGACAUCGACUUCUCCAGCCAAGCCUGUUCUCGUCUAGCCUCCUGUGAUUUUGAAAAUGACUUCUGUACCUUCGUCAACAUCUACCAAGAUACCUUCGACUGGACGAGAAACAUCGGUGAGACAGCCAGCUCACUGACUGGCCCACCCACCGACCACACUCUUGGUAACGCUUUUGGUUACUACGUCUUUAUCGAGACCUCCGCACCACGCGUCCAGAAUGACUUUGCGUAUCUGUUCUCUGAGACGCUGCCGUAUAACACAGAUAUGUGUUUGACGUUUUGGUAUCAUAUGUACGGGACGGAUAUUGGGGAGUUGAAGAUAUGGUUGGAGACAACGGUCUUGAACCCCGCCUACUGGACAUUGGUUUGGAGUAAGACUGGCGACCAAGGCAACUAUUGGCAGCACGCCAUCUUGGAUGUCAAAAGUGAUGAGUCUGUAUUUGAGAUUAUUUUUGAGGGUGUGGUCGGCUCAAGCUUCGCUGGUGACAUUGCUCUUGAUGAUAUACAGACAUUUUAUGGGACAUGUGCCCCGCCCACACCAGCCCCGCCCUGUCAACACACAUGUGGAGAUGGGUCGUGCCUUACAGACCGCACCCAAAUCUGUGAUUUUGUCAACGACUGUUUGGAUGGAUCUGAUGAAAGCAACUGUGGAAGCAGUUGUACCUUUGAAGGAGGUUUAUGUGGUUGGACUGAUACAAGUCUAGGGUCCUAUAAGUGGGCGGUUGGGUCAGGUGCCACGCCCAGUUCCAACACAGGACCCUCUAAAGACCACACCUUUAACAAUGCUGCAGGAUCCUACGUCUAUGUUGAUGCAAAUUCUGGAUCAGGGUUUAGUCUUGCUACGUUAGAGACUCAAGAACUUCAUCAAGCGUCGUCAACCUGCAUGUUAAAUUUCUGGUAUCAUAUGUAUGGAGAAGACAUUGGUAGUCUAUCUGUCUACUUGUACGAAGGACCCUCUCGUACAUUAUUGAUUUAUCUCUUUGAGGAUAUGGGAGAUAAUUGGAAUUUUAUGCAGCUUGGAAUUGGGAGAAUCUCUGUACCAUUCAAGGUUGUCUUUGAGGCGUCACGAUCCUUCAGCGUUCUUGGAGACAUUGCUAUCGAUGAUGUUGCCUUCUUGGGAUGUGGACUUCCGUCCCCAACACUUGACCCUUGCCCUGUGGGUCAAACCAAGUGUAACCGUAGCAACUGUGUGGAUAACAAUCGACUAUGUGAUUUAACCGAUGAUUGUGGAGACUUUACUGAUGAAAGCACAUGUAGUAACUAUAACCUAUGUGAUUUUGAGACUGGUAUCUGUGAUUGGCUGCAUCUGACCAAUGAUGAGUUAGACUGGCGUACAUAUAGAGGCAUCACACCAACAGAUUGGACGGGUCCGACACGAGACCAUACAACUGGACUCGCUUCAGGAACCUACCUGUACUUAGAGACGUCUUCUCCUCGCCAACCAGGUGACAGAGCUCGUCUUGGUAGCUACAACAUCGCUGCAACUACAUCAAACUUAUGCCAUCUGCGGUUUUAUUAUCACAUGUUUGGUAGAACCACCGGUACCCUUACUGUGUAUAUACGUGAUACAAUCAAUGGUCCACUGGUAACCCUGUGGAGUAAGAGUGGAGAGAUUGGUGAUUACUACGAGAGGGCAGAGGUCAACUUAGCAUGGAACAAUCCAUUCCAGGUUAUAAUAGAAGCCACCGUUGGGGAUGGUAUCUAUGGCGAUAUAGCCAUCGAUGACACAUCCUUCACUCCAGACUGUGUUCCAUACACCGCCAAUCUGCCAAUCAUUGGAACAUCACCAUGGCAACCAAGCAUAACAACACCCUCACCAUGCCAAGCUGAUGAGUUUGUGUGUGGCUCAGGAGAAUGUGUCGCUGUUGGUGCGUUGUGUGAUGGAACGAUGGAUUGUGUGGAUGGAUCAGAUGAAGAUAAUUGUGGAAAUUGCGAUUUUGAAACGGAUCAAUGCAGUUGGUCAGCAAUUGACAACGGCCUCUACAAAUGGUCAAGAUUACAAGCUGGGAGUACUGCGGGUGCAACAGCGCCCUCUACUGACCACACUACAGGGACGGGAUUCUUCAUGUUUGUUGAUAGCACUGGAGGGACAUUCCAGACGUCGGCCAUCUUGCAGAGCCCUACACUCGGAGAUGUUGGUGCAAGAUGUGAGAUGAAGUUUUGGUACCAUCUCCGUGGUACCAACGCUGGUAGCCUGGUCGCCAUUGUGUAUCAAGGUGUUGCACCGGACACCAGUGUGGUGUACACAGUUGACACCAGUAACCAAUGGGUGCAGGGAUCGUUAAGUUUGGGACCACGGCUUGCUGGGCAGUAUUCAAUACGCUUUGAGGCGAUUCCAGGAACUGAUUUCUCUGAUCCGUCAUUACUUACUGACAUCGCUUUAGAUGACAUCACGUUCGAUAACUGUGGAGCAGAUUCAGAUCUUAGCUGUGAUUUUGAAUCUCAGAGCAUCUGUGGUUGGCUGCAGGACAGAGUGGAUGAUUUUGAUUGGUCAGUUGCCAGUGGAGAGACAGUUUCAGUCGGGACUGGUCCACAGUUCGACCACACCCAAGGGACAGCUUUGGGUUACUACAUUUACAUUGAGACCUCCUCACCUCGUAUCCUUGGUGAUAAAGCACGAAUCAUGUCUGGUCCGAUAGCAGCGAACUCAGAGUACUGUCUGGAGUUUUGGUACCAUAUGUUUGGACCAGACAUUGAUGCGCUGAAUAUUUAUCUCUCAAGCGCUGGGACAUCCACAGUGAUUUAUGGGAAGCGAGGAACUCAAUCCAAUCAAUGGUUAAGAAGUCGUCUGUCAAUCUCUAGCCCCUCGACCUAUGAGAUCAUCAUUGAAGGGGUCACAGGUCAAUCUUUCGGAGGUGAUAUUGCCAUUGAUGAUGUCUUCUUCACGCCGGGAACGUGUCCGACAGUCUCUCAAUGUGGUUUUGAGUAUGAUCUUUGUGACUGGAUCAACGAUGAUACAGAUACGCCUGGCUUUGAUUGGAUAAGAGGAGCCAAUGGGAACCCUUCGCUAGGAACAGGGCCAGCCUUGGAUCACACCUAUGGAACACCAACAAAUUUCUUUGCGUACGUCAACCCUCUUGCUCCGCGCCAACUCGGUGAUGAGGCACGCCUUCUAAGUUCUUACUUUAACCCAGGAACCGACCACUGUCUUCACUUCUGGUAUCACAUGACUGGAGAUGAUGUUUGUUCGCUGUUGGUUUACCAGCAGGAUGAGGGAGAUUCAUUUGUGUCACCCAGCUGGCAAAAGAACGGCAAUCAGGGUGAUAUUUGGAGGCUUGGUACAGUGACAAUCUCACCAUCUCAGACUCAAAGAUUCCGGGUCGUCUUUGAAGCUCGCGUUGGGUCUCCAAUACAAGGAGACAUCGCCCUUGACGACGUGGAUGUUCAAGAUGACGUCUGCCCUCAACAAGGUCUCUGUGAUUUUGAAACCGGCCAAUGUGGUUGGUCAAAUGAACAUAACUUGGAUGAUUUUGAUUGGUUGAGAAGUGCUGGUGGAACUCCAAGCACCUAUACAGGACCGACAGUGGACCACACUACAAACACUGGGAGAGGUUAUUAUAUGUUUAUUGAAACAUCUGCUCCGAGAGUUCCUGGGGAUAGAGCGUGGUUUGUUAGUGAAAACCUGGAAUCAAGCUUAGCAGGAUAUUGUCUAUCGUUUUGGUAUCACAUGUAUGGUAGUAGCAUCAAUGCCUUGAACCUCUACACUCAGUCUUCAAGUAUCUACCCUGGAACCAAACUCAUCUGGAAUCAGACUGGUGACCAAGGAGACGUCUGGAUCCAAGGGAAGGUCUCGCUGUCCUCUGAUGAAAAGUUUUGGACAAUCUUUGAAGGAGUUGUUGGUUUUGACUUCGUUGGUGAUAUAGCUCUGGAUGACGUUGAGAUAAUCCAUGGAGGAUGCCCACCCACUGCUGCUCCUCCUACCACCUCACCACUCCCACCAACAUAUCCUCCCGACACCCAUGAUUGUGACUUUGAGCAAGGUGGCAUUUGUCUCUGGACUCAGAUGACCAGUCCAGAUGACCAGUUUGAUUGGUCACUAGUCACUGGCUCAACAGGUAGUGUAGGAACAGGUCCUUCAGCUGAUCACACCAUUGGAGAUUCCAAUGGUCACUAUGUCUACAUCGAGGUCACAGGUCAAGUUGAGAACGACACGGCUCGCAUAUCAUCUGAAUAUUUAACGGAUGCAACAGGAGCUGGUUACUGUAUGGAGUUCUGGUAUCAUAUGUACGGACCUCAUGUAGCUCAUUUAAAUAUCUAUACCCGCGGGUAUCCUGCUAAUAAUGAGACUCUAGUGUGGAGAAAGUUGGGAUCUUCUGGACCGCAAUGGAACCAGGGAAAGAUUCACUUCAUGGAAACUGCUCAGUAUCAGGUGAUUAUGGAGGGUGUGGCUGGUCCUAGUUACCAAGGUGAUAUAGCACUGGAUGAUGUCACGUUCCAUGCUGGAGCAUGUACUGGUGGAGAUCUUUGUGAUUUCGAGAACGGCUUGUGUGGAUUUACCCAAGAGACAACGGAUGAUUUUGAUUGGACGCUGAACCAAGGUGGUACCCCAAGUCUGGGUACCGGGCCAGGAGCUGAUCACACCUAUCAGACAAACAUUGGUCACUACAUGUAUGCUGAGAUGUCAUCACCCAGAGUACCGGGUGAUGUGACCAGAUUGAAUAGUGCAGUCUAUCCAGCGACUAAUGGACGCUGUUUACAAUUCUGGUACCAUAAUUUUGGCGCAAACAUCGGCACGCUGACUAUAUACCAGAAGGAAUCCAGUACCUAUACCCCACUGUGGUCUAAAGAUUACACUGUCUACAGUGAGUGGUAUGUUGCAGAGAUAACGCUGUCAUCUGCUGUGGACUUUCAAGUGGUCUUUGAAGCUAUAACUGGACAAUCCUUUGACGGUGACAUCUCAAUCGAUGAUAUUCGCAUUCGAGACGGUCCCUGCAAUCCCUUCGGCAAUUGCAACUUUGAAACCGGUGAUACGUGUACAUGGAUGAAUAGUAACGAUGGAACGGAUAAUUUUGAUUGGAUGAGACAACAAGGCGGGACGUUGUCGGAUAAUACCGGACCCUCCAUCGAUCAUACACUGGGAAGCGCAUAUGGUACUUACAUGUAUGCCGAAGCAUCCUCCCCUAGAGUCCAAGGUGACUCCGCCCUCCUCACAUCAGGUGUCUUUGACUACUCCGACUACUGCCUUGAAUUCUGGUAUCACAUGUACGGUGGGAGCAUCGGUACACUUAAUGUCUGGACUCUGCCUCUCUAUGACACAACCCCGAGGCAGACUAUCUGGUCAGCUGAUCAGGAUCUUGGUGACGCGUGGAGAGUUGGUCGAGUGUCGAUAUCGUUGAAUGAUAACGUAGCGUUUAGACUUGCAUUCCAAGCUGUGAUUGGAUCGUCGUUUAGUGGUGAUAUGGCGAUUGAUGAUGUUGUUGUUACAAAUGGAGUAUGUCCAGAUCCUGUAGAUGCUUGUUACACAGUUUGUAAUGACGGUACAUCACAAUGUGCAUCUCUAGACCAGACAUGUGACUUCAAUAACUACUGCAGUAAUGCAAAGGAUGAAGAAGCUUGUGGUCACCAGUGCACCUUUGAGUCUGAUGAAUGUAAUUGGAUUAACUAUGACAGUGGAUCCUACACUUGGAUUCGUUAUCGUGGAGCAACACCGACCCAAAACACUGGACCAACCUACGAUCAUACAACGCUCACAGCUCAAGGUUGGUAUAUGUAUGUUGCUUCCAGCUCUAACACCGGGUCAGCCUGGGCGGAGCUUCAUAGUCCAACCUUGCGAAACGCAGCCGCAAGCUGCGAGUUGCGAUUCUGGUAUCACAUGCAAGGAAUGGAUAUAGGUGAUUUGAACGUGUUGGUUGCCGAGUAUGGUUAUGUGAUGGCCCCACUGCUACUGACAGGGGACCAGGGAAAUCGAUGGAAUGAAGGGGUGGCUGCCAUCGGACGGAUACCAAAUGAGUUUUAUGUUAUAUUCCAAGCUUACCGGAGUUUCAGUAUUCUAGGAGACAUUGCUAUUGAUGAUAUCAGCUUCAGUGGCUGUGGUGUGCCAGAACCAGUUCCUGGAAGCUGUGGAUCAAACCAGUUCCGAUGUGCCAGCCAAGCUUGUAUCAAUCAGGAUAGAGUGUGUGAUUUCAGUGAUGAUUGUGGUGAUUAUUCUGAUGAAGCUCUCUCUGUUUGUGAUGCUUCCCAAUCACCAUACGAUCGCUGUAACUUUGAUGCGGAUUACUGCGAUUGGCAUCAACUGCAGGACGAUGAUUUUGAUUGGUCAAGAAGAUCUGGACCGUCCAGUCCCAACGAUUUUGCCUCUGGACCCUUGAGAGACCAUACUACAAAUGGAGAAACAGGAAGCUAUAUCUUCAUUGAUGCUAGUAACCAAGAUGAUGGUGAGAUUGCUCGCAUGGCGAGCCCAGCUCUUCAAGGAAUACAACCAGGACAGGAUUGUCAGCUUCGUCUAUGGUUCCACAUGUUUGGUGCGGACAUCAACACCUUAAGGAUUAAAUCUUGGACUGAAGUGAACGGAGUUGAGGAUGUUUUAUUCUCACAUACCGGUCAGACCGGAGAUUACUGGGAGAGGAUUGAUGUUAUACUGACGUCGUCUCAAGACUUCCAGGUGCUUUUUGAAGCUGUUGUUGGCAGCGGUCCUCAUGGCGAUAUCGCUCUUGAUGAUUCAUCCUUCACUCCAGAUUGUAAACGUUCAUCUAAUAUCUUCCCAGUGGGUCCAACCAGACAACCCACAACCACUGUCAGUCCAUGUGGUCAAGGCAACUGGCAAUGUGUGACUGGAGAAUGUAUUAAUCAGACCCAGCGAUGUGAUUGGACACAAGAUUGCCCUAGUGGUGAAGACGAGGUCAAUUGCGGACCAUGUAACUUUGAGACACUGGAUCAGUGUGGUUACACUGAUGUGAGUACAGGAAGCUUAGCUUGGUCUCGUCAGCGAGGAGUAGGUGGACUCAUUCCAAGCGGUGAUCAUACUACAGGGUCAGGUUUCUUUAUGAAGAUGAGCACAGGGAAUGGUAACUUCAUUAGUCCCGUUGUUCUAGAGAGUCCUCUACUGGGUCCAACCAGCGCUCGCUGUACACUACACUUCUGGUUUGUUGACUAUAUACAAUCCGGUGGUAGAAUGUCCGUCAAGGUCUACGAUGCAACGGCUCCGUCUGACGUUGCUGAUAUUUGGUCACCUACUGUUAGUGGGAUCGAGAGUAGAUGGCAAGAAGCUAACAUCGGUCUCGGUAGACGAAGAAACAGUUUUAGAAUCCAGUUUGUGGCCGAUGGAGUUAACAUCGGUGACUCCGUUGCCAUUGAUGACAUCUCAUUUGAGGAUUGUGACUUCGAUCCUGACCUGCCGUGUGAGUUUAUCUGUGGAAACAGCGUGUGUAUUCCAGACUCCAUGAGGUGCGACUACUCAGACGAUUGCGGAGAUAACUCAGAGGAAAUGUCUUGUGAUGAUUAUGUUGAGCGUUGUGAUUUUGAGCAAGGCGUUUGUAACUGGGAGCAAGAAACAACUGAUGAUGAUUUUGAUUGGACCUUAAUGCCGUCUUCUGUUCUUGGAGUUCCUGAUCACACUACAAACUCCAUCUCCGGAUCCUUCAUGUAUUUGAGUACAUCUGAAGUGAGUCUCAAGGCAAGAUUGAACAGUCUUGUGUUUCUUAAACCACCGAGGGAUGGUUCUUGCAAGAUUCGGUUCUGGUACCGUAUGUAUGGAUCGAGUAUCGGUAAACUCAUGAUAUAUCAACGUUACUCGAUGCUGGACUUCCCAUCACCCAUCUUAGUUAUAUCAGGAUCUCAAGGUGACUCAUGGAAGAGAGCGAUUGAGACCAUCGACAUCGAAGCCAAGUUUCAGAUUAUCAUUGAAGGCACUUCAUCUUCGUCAACCAAUAAUGACUUUGAUAUAAUGAUUGAUGAUGUCUCCUUCACACCAGGCUGUCAGUUGGAUCCAAGUAACUCACUACCAGAUCAUGCUACACCAACAUCCCAUCCAGCUUGUCUAGAAGGGGAGUUUCGAUGCACGGAUGGUACCUGCUUGUAUCAUGAUGUCUAUUGUGAUUUUAGAUUUGACUGUAAUGACGGUUCAGACGAGGCACAAUGUCCAUCUGUUUGUACCUUUGAGGACCAAACUCUUUGCGGCUGGACUCAAGUUCAGAGUGAUGAUUUUGAUUGGAAGGUUCGUGAUGGCAAUGAGAUUGAUACAUUUGGUGGACCUGUCUUUGAUCACACUGCAACCAACCCACCAGGAUUCUACAUUUACAUUGAUGGUUCAGACUCCACACUAAACCAACGUGCCAAGCUCGUUUCCAGCACAUACCAUCUCGCUGGUAUAGGAUGUAAAUUCAACCUCUAUUACUACAUGUUUGGUCCAACGUAUGGAGACAUCACAAUCUCAGUCCGUUAUGACAACAAAGAGAAGAUUCUGAGUCAGUUAUCCAAUGAUAUUGGACCGUAUAAUCGCUGGAAUAUGCAGAGCACCACAAUGCCAAAUUGUCUGACUGAUUUCCAGGUCGUAGUUGAUGCCCAAGACCUUCAGACCAUCGCAUCAGAGUCAGGAUUCGCUAUCGACGAUCUCCGCUUUGAUAACUGCGCUUAUGACAUACCAUCCGUCGCACAAUGUCCGUUUGGUCAAGAGAAAUGUACUUCUAAUCAUUGCUACCCGACCUCAGGGAAAUGUGACUACCAGCUUGACUGCUGUGAUGGAUCAGAUGAGCAAACUUGUGGUGCAUAUGAUCGGUGUGAUUUUGAGAGUGGACUCUGUACAUGGACACAGCUUACUACAGAUGAAGCUGACCUCCUAAGGAUCAGAGGACUCAAUGUGGGUCAAUAUGACCAUACAACUGACUCCCAAAAUGGAUACUUUGUUACCAUGGCAAAAACUCAGACUAAUCAACAGCGAGCUCGUCUUGCUAGUAGAGUCAUUGAGAGUUCUUCAACGUGCACAAUGCGAUUUUUCUACAACAUGUAUGGACAAGGUAUCGGUACAUUAAGUGUCUACACACGUACUGUAGUGAAUGGUCCCCUGUCACUGGUAACCAAGAUUAGUAAUGAGAAUGAUGAAUGGUGGAGGAGAGCAUCUGUUGAUUUAGACUUGGACGGUCCGUACCAGGUGAUUAUUGAGGUUUUGAGAGGAAGCGGUUCCUAUGGUGAUAUAUCUCUAGAUGACGUCUCAUUUACUCCUGAGUGCACUCCAUCCUCAUCAGAUCUACCUGUCGUCACAACUCCUAUCCCUGUUAUUGUUACCACUGUAGCCAGAGUUUGUUCUGCUAUUGAGUUCCAGUGUGGUGACUUUGCCUGUAUUCCACUAGAGCAGAAAUGUGACUUCAAGAAACAAUGUCCCGACCAAUCAGAUGAGGAGGGUUGCCCAACUCUAUGUGAUUUUGAAAGUGACAUUUGUGGCUGGAGAGAGACGGAGGUUGAUAAUUUUGAUUGGCAUCGAGCGACGGGUCAAGACACUUCAGCGACACCCAGUGUAGCACCAAGGGCUGAUCAUUCACUCUCAAGCGACAACGGUUACUACAUGUAUAUAGCACCCUUCGGUCAAACAUCAAUUGAUCAAGUGGCUGUAAUGGUCAGUCCAACCUACACAACAAGUUCAUCUGACUGUGUACUGGACGUCUGGUACAUCAUCAAUGGCCAGAAUGUUGGAGACCUCCUAUUGGUCCUCGUUGACCAAUCAGAUCUCUCAGAGACGGUCAUAUGGUUUAAUAGUGACUAUCAAGGAAGCCUUUGGAAACUACAGAAGAUUGGGAUUGGAAGAAGGAUGUCUCCAUUUAAGUUAAAAUUCCGCAAGGAGCGUAACUCCAACUACCAGGGUAUGAUCGCAGUCGACGACAUUGAAUUCACAAACUGUGGCCUCCUUGACCCCUCAGUGUCAUGUGACACUUCCAUCAACUUCUGGUGCGACAACAAAGUGUGCUUGGAUAAAAGUCUGACGUGUGAUUGGUCGGACAAUUGUGGUGAUGCUUCCGAUGAAGAUGUACAAUCGUGCGUAAGCAGCGGCUACAAUCUGUGCAGUUUUGACAAUGAUUUCUGCGAUUGGACGCAAGCCACUGGAACGGACAGCUUUGAUUGGUCAAGAUAUAGAGGCACUACAUCUACAGUAGACACAGGGCCGUCAAGGGACCAUACACAGGGUACCAGUCAAGGUUACUAUUUGUAUGUGGAUUCAUCUCCAGUCAACUUUGGUAAAACUGCUCAGCUACUCAGCUGGAAAUAUACCGUCGCAACCGGAUCGGAGUGCAAGCUACGUUUCUUCUACCACAUGUUCGGUGAGAACGUCCAAGAUUUGAAAGUGAUGUUACAUUUCUAUGGCAACAGUAACUACCUAGCCCAGACUCUAUGGUCGAUGAGCGGUAACCAAGGUGAUGUGUGGAGAAGGGCAGAGGUUACCAUGACAACAGAUCAACCAUUCCAGAUUGUCAUCCAAGCCUCCGUUGGUGACGUUACUAAGGGUGACAUCGCCAUCGAUGACACAAGCAUCACUCCAGGCUGUCAGCUGUACACCCCGCCCCUUCCUGUUGCCCCAGUAACAGCCCCGCCUCCUACAGGCUCCGCCCAGUGUUUAGGGGAUGAAUUCUACUGUGUUGUUGAUGAUAGAUGUAUCUCGAUGGUUGAAGUUUGUGACUUUAAGAAGGAUUGUACUGAUGGAGCGGACGAGAGCGAAUGCGUUCAAUCAGUGUGUGAUUUUGAUUCCGGGUCGUGUCAUUGGAUGCUGUCGACAGAUACUGAUUUCUAUUGGUCGAUGGUCCAAGGCAAUGGAGGUGAUUUAAACCGACCAGCGACCGACCAUACGUCAAAGUCAACACUCGGAUUCUACGUCAGUGCACAGAGUAAAUCUAACCUCGCUGGCAUCGCUACAAUGACAUCAGGCACACUCUCAGAAACAAACACCAACUGCAAGCUAGAAUUCUGGUACUACAUGACAGGUGCAGAUCUAGGGUCACUCAGCGUCUGGACGUCUCAAGGAGGGGAGAAGACUUCGAUCUGGUACGUCAGCGGAUCUCAAGGAUCAGAGUGGAGACAGGCUGAGAUGAAGCUUGGAGCAGGGACGGACUACAGCGUGAUCAUUGAGGCUAGACGCUCCUCCAUGUUCUCUGGAGGUAUCUCCAUCGAUGACGUCGCAUUCUACAGCUGCUCUCCACCAGUCAUUACUGGAGUGCCGUGUGAUGCUGACCAAUACCGAUGUAGUAACUCACUGUGUAUCAAUAAAAUAUCGCUAUGUGAUUUCAAAGAUGACUGUAUGGAUGGAAGUGAUGAAAUCAAUUGUGAUUCAUCAACAAGUUGUAGUUUUGAGACUGAUCUGUGCCAGUGGCAUCAGGAAUAUGACGAUGAUUUUGAUUGGUCACUGAGGAAUGACGGAGCAGGUGGGCUGAGUAUUGGACCAAUGAAUGACCACACUCUGAAUUCAAAUAAAGGAAGCUAUUUGUACAUUGAUUCUUCUUGGCCAAGAAAGAAUUCUGAUAUUGCAAGACUUGGAAGUCCGGCCAUCGGCAGAAACAGCAAUAACUGCUUUGUUCGUUUCUGGUAUAACAUGCAUGGAGAUGAUACAGGAUCCAUUGUUAUCCGUCAGCGUACAUCAUAUCUUAGCAACGACCUACCCCAGCUGGAUCGUAUCACUGGUUCCCAAGGAGACCACUGGAUCUUGAAGCCUAUAUCGGUUAAUAAUCCAGGAGAAGACUUUGAGAUCGUGAUUGAAGGAAUGUCAGGAAUGAGUCCGAGAGGCAGCGUUGCUAUUGACGACGUCUCAUUCUCAUCUGGCUGUCUAAAGGGAGGUGAUCUACCCGGUGAGCCACAACGAGGUGAUACCAAUGGCUACUGUCCAGACGGCCAAUACGCAUGUCUGACAUCACCAGGCUGCUACAGCCAAUCACAACUCUGUAAUCUGGUGCAAGACUGCAGCGACUCAUCGGAUGAGAAUUCAUGUGGUUCUGGUUGUCAGUUUGAAGAAGGUCAGGGUUCAUGUGGCUGGUACAACGCCUACUCCAAGGGUAUUGAAUGGCAGACUGGGCAACCAACUGAUGGAGAGCCAGUGAAUGAUCACACUACUUCAACAAGUCAAGGUAACUUCAUGGUCAUCGUACCCCAGCCAUCGAUCUCAGAGACAGGGCGAGCCAUCUUAAGUUCCUUGGUCUAUCAACGCUCCAGCGCCUUGUGUGAUUUUAACUUCUACUUCUACAUGAACGGCAACCCUCUUAAUUCACUCAAUGUGUAUCUCAAGACGGCAGGGUCUUCAAGUCUCAAGACUAUUUUCCAGACCACAUCUCAGAGUGGUAAUUGGCAAGCAACUGGAGAGAUCAGUAUAGGAGACCAGACUAACUUUGUUAUUCAGAUAGAGUCUGUGUACAACCCAGGAAGUGCUGGUGUAGUAGCCAUCGAUGAUGUGGAGUUCUCUAUUGAACAAUGUGCAAUAGGUUCGGGGAAGCAGACCUGUAACUCGAAUGAGUUUGAAUGUACCAGCGGUGAAUGCAUCAGUCUUAAUGUACUCUGUGAUCAGAAAAUGGACUGCUUUGAUGGAUCGGACGAAAAAUCAUGCGAAUUCUACACUGGCUGUGAUUUUGAUGACAGCGAUCUCUGUAAUUGGUCACAAAUGAGAGACGAUGAUUUUGAUUGGAUAAGGAUGAGUGGUACAGCAACGAUCACCUCAGAUCACGGCCAAGGUGGGAGCUUCUUAUACCUGAGUACAUCUGAGCAGACUCAAGGUGAUCUAGCAAGGAUCCUUAAUGAUGUAGAGUUACCACCUAGCAAUGGUCAAUGUACAGUAAGAUUCUGGUACCAUAUGGACGGGACGGACGUCGGCUCCUUGAAGGUGUACACCAAAUCCACGGCAUCAUCCUUAACCACCCUAGUCUGGAGCACAUACGGUGAUAAAGGAUCCGACUGGAUGUAUGGUAGCGUUGGUAUUGUCAGCGACACUAACUACAGAGUGAUGUUUGAGGGCGCUUUAGGUAAAGGCACAGCGUCUGAUGUUGCUAUUGAUGAUGUCUCGUUUACUCCUGGCUGUCUUGAACCUGAUACACCGAUUCCUACACCGCUACCAGGUAGAUGUGGAGUCAGUGAUAGCAGUCUUAUCUUUUGUCCUAAUGAUAAGAUAUGUAUCCCAUCUUCCUGGGUGUGCGAUGGCGUCGUUGAUUGCCCAACGGACAAGCACGAUGAAUCCAUUAACAGUGGAUGUGUCAAUUCUACUCUGCCAGAUCGACCUACAAGUGCACCAUCCUCCAAUACAGGAGAUUCUGCAGUGAUAGCUGUAGUCGUCUUGUCCGUCGUGCUUGGUCUUGUCUUAGUCAUCCUGGUGGUGUAUCUACUUUCAAAAAGAUCACAGAGUAAAAAACGUUUUGGCGAUCUUCCCAGACAGCAUGGCGACAUGUCAGUCUCUAAUCCAGCUUAUACCAACGAUAAUUACGGAGAAACUGCUCUAUCUGAGUUUGCAUCGACCGACUACGGUGUUGGAAUGUUCUCUGCGGAGCUGAAAGUCCCUGAAGUAAAACAACGAGGAGGAAGUUUUGAUAAUCCUUUGUACGGCAUCCAGUCAACGUCACUUCCACUGGAAAAUGAAACAGAUUCGUAACAACGGUAAAGUAGUCUAAAAUCGGAGAGAACUGGAGCAAAGAAUUAAAUGUAGUUUGAGGUCUUAAAAAAUAGAUGAAGCGCAUAAUGAAUUUUCAUAUCAGCUCGUAAAGAACCAAAAUACGCUGCGAGUAAAAAAAAUAGUAUAAGGUGUGAUUUGAUAAAGCUAUUUCUACACUGCUUUAUUCGCUUAUUUUUAGUCUAAAAUUUUGUUUUGGUAGUAUUAAAAAAGGGUCUUAAAAAGUUUUAAAGUUGACUUUUAAAAGUUUGAAGAUACUUUAGUGGACACAAAUGUCUCAGAAAGAGUUUGAGGAUAAAGAAGACAGUUUCUUAUGUUUGAAAGACUCUCUUGUAGCAAAGUACGAGCAAUCAAUUUUGUAUAAUUUAUUUGUAAUUAAUAAAUGUUUAUGAUUUUAAUCUAAAUGAGAUAGAUAUCGAAACCUGUUACAUUAAAAGGUAAUGUGUUUGUAUUAUUUUAUAAUAAAGAUUACUCAUUUUAUAUACAAAAGUUGAUCUAAACAUAAACAAAUUAAAAUAUGUUUUUAAAAAUCCCUUUUCCACUUGACUUCUUGCGCACCAGUUAAACAAGAUGAAUAAUUCCUUUCCUUAUGUAGCUUUGCAAUGUUUAUUUACUCUUUUGAAUAAAAAGAAAAGACUGACAUAAACACAAGAAGACCUGAUUGUCACUCUAAAAUAAUUAUUUGAACUUUUUAACAGUUUUAAUGUAAACUGACGAACCCAGCUGUCAUUAUGAAAA